GUGCCGCCGCCGUGUUUACAGCGCCCGCCGUGCCCGCCCCGCCGCCGCUGCCCCUCGGCCCGGCCCGGACCCGCGGCCGCUUCUCCGCUCUCCGCGUCAAUGCACCGCCGCCGCCCCGCGGCCUGGCCCGGCCAUGGACACCAGCGACUUGUUCACCAGCUGCAAGAAGGGCGACGUGAGCCGCGUGCGAUACCUUCUUGAACAGCGAGAUGUGGAAAUUAAUGUCCGUGAUAAGUGGGACAGCACACCCCUGUAUUACGCCUGUCUGUGUGGACAUGAGGAGCUUGUACGUUAUCUUCUAGCCAAUGGAGCAAAGUGUGAGGCAAACACAUUUGAUGGAGAACGUUGUUUGUACGGAGCUCUGAGCGAUGCCAUCCGCCGGCUGCUGAAGGAGUACAAACAGAUCACAGCCAAGUGCAUGAAGAGGGACUACUAUGAUGUGUUCCUGCAGCGAUUGCUGGAGCAGGGUUACCAGAGUGACAUUGUUUUCAUCGUCCAUGGCAAAUCCUUCUGUGCCCACCGCUGCAUCCUCAGCGCUCGCAGCGCCUACUUUGCAGAGAUGUUUGAGACCAAAUGGAAGGGGAAAAACAUGAUAGUGUUGAAGCACCCACUGAUUAACCCAGCAGCCUUUGGUGCUCUUCUGCAGUAUCUAUACACAGGUCGUCUGGAUAUCGACGUAGAAUAUGUCAGUGAUUGCAAGAGGUUGGCCAAGCAGUGCCGGCUGCAGGACCUCAUCGAUGAUUUGGAGACCAAAUGUAAAAAAGUCUAUGAAUUUGUCUCUUCCAAGCCGGGGACCUGUGUGAAAGUGCUGACGAUUGAGCCCACAGGUAACUGCCGGCUGCAGGAAGACCUGGCUCUCCUGGCAGACUGCGCCCUGCCAGCUGAACUGCGGGUUGGUUUUGGGGAGUUGCCGUUUGACAGCACUGACAACUUCAACAGCUGUCCCGACGUGUGUUUCCGUGUGGAGGACUACAACUUCUUGUGCCAUAAGGCAUUUUUCUGUGGUCGCAGUGAUUAUUUCAAAGCCCUUCUUGAAGAUCAUUUCAGUGAGAGUGAGGAGUUACAGACACAGCCCAGCAUCCCUGUGGUGACUCUGCACAACAUCUCAGAAGACAUCUUCAUCCGAGUCCUCUACUACAUCUACAGUGAUGAUACAGAGCUGUCUCCAGAGAAUGCCUAUGACGUGCUGUGUGUGGCAGACAUGUACCUGCUGCCCAGGCUCAAGCGCCUCUGUGGCAGGACCCUGGCGCAGAUCCUCGACGAGGACAACAUCAUCAGCAUCUGGAGGAUUGCAAAGCUGUUCCAGCUGACCCGACUGGAGGACCAGUGCACUGAGUACAUGGCCAAGAUCAUCGAGAAGCUGGUGGAGUUGGAGGAGUUUGCAGCUGCCGUGAAGGAGAACGCAGAGGCCGUGGAGGAGCGGCAAGAGACUGACUCCAUCCCUCUGGUCGAUGACAUCCGCUUCCACAUCACCAGCAAUGUGCAGACUUACAGUGCCAUUGAGGAAGCCAACCAGAAACUUGAAGCUCUAGAAAACCUCCUGGCCAGUAUAGGGCUCGAGUGCUGAUGUGUGCAAUCCCUGCCUGUCAUAUGCAGCCUGCACAGCCCUCACUGCAUUGGCUCGGAGUGCAAGAACAUCUGAGUCUGAAUGUCCCACUUCCCAUUCUUUGUCCUCCUUCCCAUCCACCUUCAGGCAUGGUUUCUUUUUAAUUUAUUUGUGUCUGGACAUUUGCAUUUCUGGUUUGUGUUUGGUUUUACUUUGGUUUUUUGUUUCUCUUGUAGCUCCCAAAGCUCAGCCUAAGUCAGUAGCUGCUCCUUUGUACACUACACUGUGGAGAGGAGACUGAGAGCUGUUGGGAAUGGUGAGGGAGCUGUUCUGGGGACUUCCUACUGCCUGGGGUUAGAGCCCAUCCCAUUCUGUGGUUCAAUAUCACACUUUGGAAACUGGUUUAUGCCAGAAUAUUUGUUGAAUUACCAGCAGAAGAGGAAGAAAACUGGAUUAAAGUCUUAAUAAGAGUAUGGGAAAGGAGGUCAGCACUGCCACUGUCAGUAUUAUAAGACUGUCAGAACUGGGCAGUGCUUCCCUAACAGGGACAGAGAGGUGCUUGGCUAUGUGGAAGGCACUGUCUUCACCUGCUAUUUUAGUACUUAGAUGGAAAAACACAAAAAAAAAACCACCACGUGAUUUCCAGGUCUUCCCUAGCUUUUCAUUGCUUUGAAGUGCUCAGAAUUUAAAAACUUUGCUUUCUGAACAAGCAUCUUUGGGAAUACAGUAGAGACCAGAAUCCUUCCAUUCUUAGAAAGCAAUAGCUUUCAAUGCACAAAAGAAGGAAGAGCAGCCCUUUUUAAGAGGGGACAGAAGCACCUUCUUCUUGGAAAUAGCACUUUUCCCUUUAUUUUUGUCCAUUGUGGUAGAACAAGGCUGACUUGCUGGUGGGUCUGGGAAAGAGGGGUCACUGGAAAUUUUUUAAAAGGAAAGGGGCCUUUUGGGUCUCUCAUGGGGCUGCUGUCCCACUCUAUGACCUUCUGGCUUUGCUCAGCCUUGAGCCUUGUAGCUUCAUUGAUCUCCAGGAAAUUCACUGUCUGUACUAAUGAAUGUUUUUGAAUCUGUAUUUUGCAGUAGGUCAUGUUAUCUAAUGUUGUCUGCCUGGAUUCUUAAUGAGGGUAAUGGUGUUCCUUCUCCUUGGCACUAAUCAGCAGGUGAUAACCCUGCAUAACCUUGCCUUGCCAAAUAAGCUGCCCUUGGAGCUGUGUAUCUCGGGAAUGGUGUGUUGGGAGGGUCCCCAGGGUGCAGGCUGGGUAUACUUUCCCAUGCUGAGCAAGGGAGAAGAAGCAUUAAGUGAAGCACAUGCACAGGCACUAGGCUGCUGUGACCACCUCAUACAAUCAUUUUGGUCACUUCCUGAGGCAAGAGCUUGAAAUAUACUGUGCCAGGUGUGCUUUUAUUAUGUGAUGUGGGAACUGGGCAAACAUCCCCUGCAGCUUCAGCAUGUUGUUUUCUGUAAUAGUGGUGGUGUCUCUUAUGGCUUAGGAGAUCUGGGUUUGGCAGGGACUUGCUUCAGGUGUGGAUAUGCUGGGAGGAUGGGUUUUUUUCUAUGCUAAUCUCACCAGGUGAGAGACUGAUACCCCACAGCAAGUGGGAGCUGCAGCCUCACUGCCUGUUCCUCUCCUGCACUGAAGCUGUUGGCAGUAGAUGGGCAGACUCUGGGCACCACCUGCACUGAGCAGGCUGCACUCAGUUAUGAGGAGGGGACUCUGGGCUUUGGCCACUGUGCUUGGGGAAAGCCAGACUUUGGCAAAAUCAUGUGUCAGGAUUGAGUUGCACUUAACAGAAGCUGUGGAUAGAGCUGGGGUGGGUGGAGCAGGGAUGAGGUUCAUUGAUAUAAUUGAACCCCAGAUCAUGUGCACUUUGUCAUCUGGGUUUAAGUGGUGUCUCUUGCAGAUCAAGUCUCUGGGGCAGGGGAUGGUGGUGGCAGGGCUAUUCAAGCAGCGUGUACUUCAAUUCUGUUUGAAAACCCGUGUGAAGAAGUGCAAGGAGUUGUUGUGGUUUUUUUCCUGCAGUCAUAUCAGGAUGAGGAUGGAGGAUGUGUCCCUCUACAGGAGUGUGCUGCAUGGAAGCAGGAAGCAGCAGGUGUAUGCUUCCUGUUGGGACAGUGACAUGGAGAGGAGUUGUGCAUUUCUUCUGUGAUUUGUGGAAUGUACCUCCAUGUCCACUUCUAAGCUCAGUGUGUCUUUGACAGGACCACCAAAGAGCCCAGCACAACUGAUGAAGACAUCUGCAUGAACUCGGGGAGGGUGAAGGGCUAUCGAGGAAGCUUUAAUAUGAAGUCCCAUAUAUUUUGGAGAAAGAAGGGUGAAAGGAGAACUGCUUGUUUUCUUCCUGAGUGGAGUGUCAGGCUCAUGAAAAUCUGCUACAGAAACCAGCAGCUUAACUCAGUUGGUUCAGUUCUCCUAUGUUUCUCCUCUGUGUAUAGCUGAAGAUAACAGUGAACAUAAGCAGGAUGUUUAGUUUAUCAUAUCUCUUCUCCUUCUCCAGCAGAAAUUCCGCUUCUGACAUCUUAGCAGUUGGCUUUCCACAGCAGUGGUUGCGACAGCCCACGAGGCUUGCACAGAGCCACCAGAGAACAGGACGUGGCCUUUGCCUUCUGCUUGUACUGAGCGAGAUGCAGAAGCAGGAUUAUCAAGGAAUGUGCUAAUGCUUUUCUCUGCAGAUGCCUCAGCUGCUAAAGCAAAUGGACACUGGCAGUGGGCAAAGCAGGAGGAAGACAGAGGGGGAGCAGCAGUGCUGGGAAGCAUUUUCCAUAUGGCUGCUCUUGAAUAAUUCCAUUCCUGCGUCCUUAAGUGUGGAGCAAGUGAGGCUGCAGUUGUACAUGUGGGAGAAAAGGUCAGCGUGGCCUUUUGAUCUGCCUCCCCAGCAGUGCAAGUCCACGUGGGCUUCCAGGCAAAUGCCUCAUCUGUCUGUGUGCACUUAGUGGUCACAUCUGUGAGGCCUGUCAGAUUGUCCAAUUACUCGGGAUCCUUUAACUCUCCCCUAUCCCUUUUGGCAAAAUAGGGCUAUCCAAAAGCAUGCAUAAGCAGAUGGUCAGCAUGCAGGCAAGCUCUGUAAUUAAGAUGAGCCAGGACAAAACUUAAAUUUGAAUUCACUUUAUUCUUGCUGCAAAAAAAUUUAUCACAAAAUAAAAACCUUCUGAUUUUUUUUCUGUUGCCAGUGUCAUUUAUGUGUUUUGUUGCCUCUGUCCUUCUUAUUUACUACUACCCACUUGCUGAAUCAAGAAGAUUGUAAAAUUUACUAGAGCAACAUUAUAUUUAAGAAGAAAUCUGUGAGCACGUGUGCAGCAAUAAAAUAGUCUAUUUCACUAUA